AUGUCGUUCAAUAGAGAAGUUGACUCAAAACUUAAAUUCAAGACAUCCAGCAAGCUUAAGAUCUCGCCGACCUUCGAGUCCAUGCGCUUGAAGGAAGAUCUCCUGCGAGGCAUCUAUUCGUAUGGUUUCGAGGCGCCAUCUGCUGUGCAAUCAAGAGCGAUCACUCAAAUCAUAUCGGGAAGAGAUGUCAUUGCACAAGCCCAGUCCGGUACUGGUAAGACAGCAACAUUUACUAUAGGUAUGCUGCAGGUGAUCGAUUUAAAGUCUAAGGACUUGCAAAGUAUGGUUCUAUCUCCAACGAGAGAACUGGCAAAGCAAAUCUCUCAGGUGGUAUCAAACCUGGGAGAUUAUAUGAAUGUAUCUGCACACGCCUGUACUGGUGGCAAAACUGUCCAAACUGAUAUAAAGAAGCUCACGCAAGGCUGCCAUGUUGUAAGCGGAACACCGGGUAGGGUUUUAGAUAUGAUUAAGAGGAGACUGUUAAACACCAGGCAUCUGAAAAUGCUGAUUCUAGAUGAGGCGGAUGAGCUACUUAGUGAAACUCUUGGUUUUAAGCAACAAAUAUACGAUAUUUUCACUAAGCUGCCUACGUCUGUGCAAGUUGUUGUGGUAAGCGCAACGAUGAACAGGGACAUCUUAGAAGUGACCAAAAAAUUCAUGAGCGAUCCGGUAAAGAUUCUUGUAAAAAGAGAUGAGAUAUCUUUAGAAGGUAUCAAACAAUUCCACGUCAAUGUUGACAGAGAAGAAUGGAAGUUCGACACCCUUUGUGAUAUAUAUGACUCGCUAACAAUCACACAGUGUGUCAUUUUCUGCAAUACAAAGAAAAAGGUCGACUGGCUAUCAGCAAAGCUGACACAGGCGAAUUUUUCGGUAGUUUCAAUGCAUGGAGACAUGAAGCAAGAGGAAAGAGACAAAGUCAUGAACGACUUCCGUUCGGGCAACUCGCGAGUUUUGAUCUCAACAGAUGUGUGGGCCCGUGGUAUUGACGUGCAACAGGUAUCACUGGUAGUGAACUAUGACCUCCCGGAAAACCUUGAAAACUACAUCCAUCGUAUAGGUAGAAGUGGACGUUUCGGGCGGAAAGGUGUAGCUAUUAACUUCAUAACAAGAGACGACCUCUCGAAGUUACGGGAGAUAGAAAAGUUUUACUCAAUCCGGAUCAAGCCCAUGCCUGCUAAUCUACAGGACAUAUCAUAG